UGUGUUUUUCCUGUUUGUCGUCCUGCCCACUGCCCCCACCAGUGAUUCAGCCAAGUCGAGCGGAGGCGCCGGGCAGCUUAGGGAUCGCCGGGAACCGCCGACAGCGGUCGGGGGGUGCGUGGCCGGCGGGGACCGGCGGAUGAGUGCCUGCCGGACUCUCAAGGGAAACGGCUUGAGUGGUUGGUGGCUGGUCUAUUCAUCGAUAACCAUGUGGACUGAGACGGGACUGAGACAAAGACAACUUCAUCUUGCUUACUGCAACCUCUUUCUUCAAGAGAGCACAACCACCAAGGAGAGCAAGACCAGGAUCAGCAAAGAAACAUCCAAGAACUCCAAUGGCUGAUGAGUCAUGGAGGCUGCCGAGUUCAGUGCAGCAACUGGCUGCCAGCACACAGGAGCCACCAAGGCAGUACUUGCUCAGAGAGCAAGAACCGCUUGGUGGGAACCUGGCUGGUACCGAGAUGCCGGAGCCCAUUCCAACAAUCGAUCUCGGCCUGCUGUCUGCAUCCAACGAUGCGGAGGAGGCCGCCAAGCUGCGGUCGGCGCUGCAGACCUGGGGAUUCUUCAAGGUUUCUAACCAUGGAAUGGAGACCUCUCUGAUGGAUUCUGUGAUGACCACGUCAAGGGAUUUUUUCCGCCUACCGCUCGAAGAGAAGAGAAAGUACAGUAACAUAAUAGAUGGGAAACAUUUCCAGAUGGAAGGUUAUGGAACUGACCAGGUGAAAACGCAAGACCAAAGACUGGACUGGUCCGAUCGACUGCAUCUUAAAGUGGAGCCAGAGGACGAGAGAAACCUUGCCCUUUGGCCCAUACAUCCAAAAUCUUUCAGGGAUGACCUGCAUGAGUACACAUUGAGGAGCAAGAGAAUCAAAGACGACGUCCUUCGGGCAAUGGCCAAGCUAUUGGAGCUCGAUGAAGAUUGCCUAGUUAACCAGUUUAGCGACAGGGCUCUCACUUUUGCUAGAUUCAAUUACUAUCCUCCAUGUCCAAGACCUGAUCUUGUCUUGGGCAUCAAGCCUCACUCUGAUGUCUAUGCUCUUACGGUUCUUCUAAUGGACAAAGAUGUCGCUGGGCUGCAGUUUCUCAGAGAUGGAACGUGGUACAACGUUCCAGCUGUGUCUAACUACACCUUGCUGAUCAACGUUGGUGUUACAAUGGAGAUAAUGACCAACGGGAUCUUAAAAGGGCCAGUACAUAGGGUUGUGACUAAUUCUGAGAAAGAGAGGAUCUCAGUGGCCGUGUUCUAUGGUCUGGAUCCUGAAAGAGAGAUUGGACCGAUAGCUCAGAUGUUGACUGAGGACCGACCGGCGCGAUACAGGAAAAUGAAGGUCAAGGAUUUCCUAGCCGCGCACUUUGAGCAUUUCUCUCGAGGAGAAAGAGUCGUCGAUUCGUUAAGGAUACGAUCAAGGUUUCUUCAUGCAUGUGCCGGAAAAACUUAAAUUCUACAAAGAACAAAUUUUAAUCACGAUUUUCAAGAGAAGGUAUUUUUGAAUGAAAUUGCUGCUCCUGUACACAUGGUAUACACUAUAGGUGUAGCAACAAGAAAUUUCAUGCAUGCAUGUUCCCGUGACCCUGAGGCGAUGAUCAUCACCUAUGAGAACGAGCACAGACAUGGGUAGUCCAAGACACAAAUGCAGAAGCGAGGCAUUCCAAUAUUAGAAGAAAAUAGAUCAUCGACUCGAUGUCACUAAGCACAUCAUUUGGUCAUUCAUUGUUCAGAAAAUGGAAUGCAAGUGAAAAUUAUAGAAGAAAGAUGCGCAUAUAGUGGCAUGCCGGCGGCAAUGCUAUUUAUGAUUUUCAAGUGUUGGUGCCAUGUUGGCAACAACAUCCUGGCAAUUCGGUGUGGUCCGCAAAUUUCACCUUUUGUAUGCUUGACGAGAAUUCGGUGUCAUUAUCUUAGGUGGCCGUGGUUACCACCUUCAGUCAAUUUUCACCAGAAUUUCUGAAACUAGUCAUUUGAUUAGGUACUGAAACAUGUGUCUGUCUUUUGGUCCAAACAUUUCAGUCAUUUUAGUUAAGGAUAUGAUCAAGGUGAGUUUGGUAUGGUGCUACAAUAGCCAUGGAAUAAAGAAUUCGUGACUUGCUGAUUCUAGGAUAUAAACAAGGUGACUUUACUUCUAUGAGGCGAUGAAUCUGGUGAAAAUAAAGAAUUCGAUCCUAUUUAUGUUGCAUUUUGGGUUGCUUUGUUCCAUGGUAAAUUCGGCUGUAUGGACACCUUUGUAUUGUCUUAGCUCAAGUGUCUCCUCCCUUUGUUAGGUUUGUUCAUGCAUGUGCCAGAAAAACUUAAAUUAUAUUCCAGGAAAAAAGUAUCACUUGUGAAUUUUAAUCAGGAUUUUCAAGAGAAGGUAUUUUUGAAUGAAAUUGCUGCUCCUGUACAGUGCUAUACACUAUAGGUGUAGCAACAAGAAAUUUCCUGCUUGCGUGUUCCAGUGACCCUGAGGUGAUGAUCAUCACAUCACCUACGAGAAUGAGCACAGACCUGGGUAGUCCAAGACACAAAUGGAGAAGCCAGAGGUUGCCAAUAUUAGAAGAAAAUAGAUCAUUGACUCAAUGUCACUAAGCACGUCAUUUGGUCAUUCAUUGUUCAGAAAAUGGAAUGCAAGUGAGAAUUGUAGCAGAAAGAUGCACAUAUAGUGGCAUGCCGGUAGCAAUGCUAUUUAUGAUUUUCAAGUGGUAGUGCCAUGUUGGCAAAAGCAUCUUGGCAAUUCUUCAGUGUGGUCCAAAAAUGUCACCUUUCGUAUGCCUGACGGGAAUUCGGUGUCAUUAUCUAGGUGGCCGUGGUUACCACCUUCAGUCAAUUUUCACCAGAUUUUCAGAAAUUAGUCAUUUGAUUAGGUACCGAAACAAGUGUCUGUCUUUCGGUCCAAACAUUUCAGUCAUUUUAGUUGGCACACAUGAAUCCAAAUAAAAUUCAGAACAA